CGAGAAUCAGCACAAGUUUAAAACUUCCCUUUUUCCUUUGCACAAUGACGAUGACAGCAAGAGAAAGGAGCUUGGCUGCUCCUGCAGAUCAAGAAUGGACACCCGAGGAAGAGAUUCAGCUAUUUUAUGCCAUGGCGGGCCUAAAGCCUGUCGGUGUUAACAAGCAUUUCUACAUAGCCUGUAUUGCCGAACGCUUAAACCGUGACACAGAGAGUGUUUGGGGUCACUUGCGAACCUUGUACAAUCUGGAGGCUCUAGAUGAAUUGGAACCACUGCCAUUUCCCAAUGAUGAAAAAGAAUUUUCUUUGCCCGAAGCCGAAUUUUCGUUGCUUCUAUCGAAGAAAAGAGGCAAUAUUGUUGAGGACAAUAGCGACCCUCCAUCCAUAAUUGCGGUCGCAACCGACAACACAACUAAAGCACAACGCCCACAGUUAAGGACUUGGAUAAGAAACUUACUGCAAAACUUUCCGAUGCUCCCAAGCGAACGCCAAAGCGUACCAGAGGUUCUAUGUCAUUGGAAUCAAACAGCCCCUCAACCACACCGCCACCGCCUCCUGUUCAGAGUAACAAAAGACGACGCAUAUAAUAAUCAUAACAUUACAAUCAGCUGUCCAUUUCAGUUUUCCUUAUUUAUAAGUUUUAUUUUCCAUAAGUUUAGUUACAUAAAAAAAAUACUGCAAAAGAAGAAAUUAAUCGUCGAAUUCAUUGGCAUUUUCGUCAUCAUCUUUAUCAGAUAAGGAUGGCAGAUCCAUAACAUUCAUUCUUUGUAGAAAUGUUGACAACAACCUCUUGUUUAGAUGAUCAGUUUGCGUUAUUUCCCGUACCACCUGGGGGUCAGUCACUGGAUCCACAUGCUGUGCUGUAUUGUAGAGCGAUAA